CCCCUGUCCACCCAGUCCCUCUCCCCGAUCGAGCUCAUAUAUCUCUCGCCAUCACACUCUCGUUCGGCACAACCACAAGCCCAACUGCACGGCAAGCGGGAUUGGAUCAGUCAGUAGCGGCACUAGAGAGAGGUAAUAGAGGGAUUGGAUUGGUGGUUGGCACUUUGAUUUGCUUAGCGCGCGACGAAGCAAGCAAGCUAAGUGAGCGCGAUGGUGGUGCUCAUGGAGUACGCCCCCGGCGUCGGCGUGACCAUGAAGAGGAAGGGCGAGGAGGAGCCGGGGCUGUUCGCGUUCCCCGACGACGGCGACGGCGGCAGCGUUCCGGUUUCCUGUCGCGCGACCAAGAUGAGGCGGCUGGAGAUUGCCGGCGCCGGCCACGAUGUGCCGGCGGCGGCGGCCGUUGGGACGGAGGGCGACGUGAUGAUGGCGGAGGAGCCGCCGGCGCCGUCGCUCGGGGCCGCGGAAGGGGAAAAGAGGGCUGUGGUGGUGUACGGCCCGGCCGUCGACGCCGCGCGCGCUGGUGGCCGGCUCGGCCUUCUCGGCCAAUGGCGGCUCCCCCCUUGGGCGCCCCUUAGCGCCGGCGCCGAGUGGAUCCGUGACAUGCUGCGCGAGGCGGACGGCCGCACGGUGCGGGCGGUGCUGUCCAGCGCUCAGGAAGAGGGGAGCGCCGACCUGGCACUGGUCCCUUGGGGCGCGGCACACGUGGCGGCAGAGGCGAAUCAGCCGUCCACGGCCGCGGAGACAGUGGACGGGGAAGAGGACGCCGAGGGAACGGCAGCGAUGGACAUCGAAGAGGAGAGGGAACAUCAUCAAGCCCAGGCGGUCGCGACCGGCUGCGGUGAGGGGUACUUGUGCCGGUGGCCGCAGCACUGCUUGGCGCCGCCUCCGUUGCCGGCGGUUCGCCAGGCGACCCCGGCUGUGUGGUCGUGGUGAAACGCGCGUGGCUGUACGACCACGACCGACGGAAUUGAUAUGUUCCUCUUUGCCGAUGCGUGUCGCGUCGAUUUGUGUUUGUGGUGUCCAGUUCGUCGAAAUCAGAGCACGAUCAUUCUUUUUUUUUUUCUGA